AUGGUUGAUUAUAGUGAUAUAUUAAAUAAGAAAUUCCAGUUACAAUUUGCACCUGUGGAUAUUGAAGAAUUACUACAAGAAGUUAUAGGUUUCUAUAAAUAAUAAAUUGAAGAGAAGGGUUUGACAAUAAGUUAUUAAAUUAUAUUAGAUGAUAAGUCAAAAUUUAUUGAUGGAAGAAGAUGUCAAUAAAUUUUAAGUAAUCUAAUUGCAAAUGCAUAAAAAUUUACAGUCUAAGGAGGAAUCAAAAUUACUGUUACUGAAUAAUAAGGUUUCACAAUAUUUUCAGUUGAAGAUACUGGAUUUGGUAUGGAUUAGGAAACAUUUGAAAAUCUAAAUCAAAUUUUAGAAAAUGAAUUUAAAUCAGAAGAAAAGAUUUCAUAAAAUACUGCUGGAUUUGGUUUAGGUUGUUAUUUAUCUAAUUAAAUUGCUUUGAAAUUAUCAAAUCUAUCUAUCUUAGCUGGUGGAGGAUUAAAAUAUAUAAGAUUAGAAAAAGGAAUUCGUGUUUCUUUUAAAAUAAAGAAUUAACCUUUUGAUAUAUUAUAUACAAAUUGUGAUAUAUAAUCUAUGAAAUCUGGGCUUUUAUUUAAUGAAAAUGGAUAUUUUGAUUCUCGUCAAUCUAUGUUAGAUUUACAAUUAACAAAUAGAAAAAAAUCUGUAGAAAAUCAUUUAAUGUUAACAGUGAAUAGAAAAUCUGCUUUAUUAUCAAUAUCAUUUUCUCCAAAUUAAAUAAUUUAUUAAGUAGAAUAAGAAUUAAAACAAGAAAAUGAAAUUGCUGAAAGAAUUAGACAAUGUUCAUUUAUAAAAAGAAGGGAAACUUAAAAAAAAUCACCUACUUUUGGAGCCUCUUCAUGUGAUAUACAAGAUAUAACAAAUAUCAAAAAUUUUAGAGAAUAACCACAUAUAUUAAUUGUUGAUGAUGAAAUGAUUAAUAUUAUUAGUUUAAAGAUUCUGCUAAAUCAAUAUAAUAUUAAAUGUACUUCUGCUUUUAAUGGAUUAGAAGCAUUAAAUAAAAUUAAAGAAUGUAUAAAUAAUAUUAAUUAUAAUAGCUAAUGAAAGAUUUGAUUUGAUUUUUAUGGAUGUUAAUAUGCCAAUGAUGGAUGGAUUUUAAGCUACAGAAUAAAUAUUGAAAUUAGAUGAUAAUUUUAUUAUUGUAGCAUGUACUGCUUUUACUGAUGUAGAAACAAAAGCUAAAUGCUACUCUGUUGGUAUGAAGUACUAUAUCAAUAAACCAGUUACAAAAUUAGAACUUUUGAAAUUAUUGAAUCACUUAAAUUUAAUUAUAUAAUGA